UUAUUUGAUUUUGAUAUUAGCUUAAAGUUUUCGAAAUUUCAACCCGAGUGGCGAGUACCCGAGACUGAUAAAUUUAGAAUAUUUGUGAAAUAUCUUACAUACAAUUUGAUCAAUUUUAGUAUUUAUUUAAGUAUUUUUUUAAUUUAAUAAGUAUGGAAAAAGAAGGUAGCAAACAAGAAAAUAAUCCUCGAAUACCAUCAGCAGUGUUUGUGGAUGAUGUAGAUAAGUUUAUGGAAAAAUCAGAAAAUAGUAGCGUUGAAGAUGUACUUAAAAGAUUGGAUGAACAACAUAGCAAAUAUAAAUUUUUUGAAUAUAACUUAAUUACAAAGAGAAAAAGAUUGCAAUCACAAUUACCAGAUUUAGAAAAUACACUCGAGAUGAUUCAAACUAUGAAAGCUCAUAAAGGACAACAGUUGAAGACAGACUUUUUAUUAUCAGAUGAUGUUUAUGCCAAAGCUCAUAUACAAGGAACUGAUAAUGUGUAUCUUUGGCUCGGUGCUAAUGUUAUGUUGGAGUAUAAUUUAGACGAUGCCACUGAACUUAUUUCAAGAAAUAUACAAUUAGCCACUGAUAAUAUGAGACAAGUUGAUGAUGAUCUUGAUUUUCUCAGGGAUCAGUUCACUACAACUGAGGUUAAUAUGGCCAGGGUUUACAACUGGGAUGUAAAACGUCGACAAGCAGCCAAAGCUAAACAAUAAACAUUUAAAUUAUUAAUUUGAACACUAAUAUAAAUGCUUCUUUUUUUAUACAAUUAAUUUAACCAUUUAAUUAUUAAAAAACAAAAACAAAUUAUUAUUUUUAAUAAUUAAUCAGUUUAUUAACAGCUUUUGAAUUAUUAGCAAGUGUAUGAUUAUAAUUAUUCUUAUGUUCAUAGUUUUGUCAUAUUUAUAUUUAAUUAUAGCUAAUAAAAUAACAUAUAAAACAAUAUUAUUUUAUACCUUCAAAAUAAUAAUAAUAAUAAUAAAAAAAAAAUUAACAUAA